ACAGCGGUCGCCCCAAUAAAUACCAAGAUCGCGAAAAAAAACAAACAAAACGAAUAGCUCACUCGUUUAGUAUAAAUAAUAUACGCUCGACAAUUAUUUAAAAAAUAUAUAUAUUUAAAGCAUAUAUUUCGAAAUAAACACAAAAAGACAAAAAAACCAUGUUCAGCAGAAGUCACAUCGUUUUGGCCAGCUGUUCGCUGUUGCUAAUCGCCCUGCCAGUAAUUCGCGCCGAUCUCAUGUGCUAUGUGUGCGAUGAUUGUGCGCAGCUGCCGAAGGAUGCACCCCUGUUGGCUUGCAAUGAGGACUUCUUCAAUCCUGGCGGAAGCACCGAGGCAUCCACGGUGACCACCACCUCAACCACCGAAGCGGCCACCACCACCGAGCAGGAAACCACAGCGGCUCCAGUGGAAACAACCACUGCGAUCACGAGUACUGAGACGGAUCCACCGACCACGGAGUCCUCGACCACCACAGUGGAAACCACUACGACUGAACUGACCACCGAGACCACGCAGAGCACCCAGACCACUGUGAGCACCGAGGCACCUAUUCCAACUCCACCCACCGCUGGACCCGUGCAGACAACCACCGGAGUGCCAACGCCGCCCGCUGAGGAUCUGGCUGCCCUUUCGGUGACCUUGAACACCACUCGUCUGGUUGCUGUGGAGCCGGAGACCACCACCCCCUCGCUGGCCAUCAGGCAGAGGCGGUCGGUGAUCGACACCGAGUACACCUAUCACUGCUAUUCCGUCCAAGUCACAGUGAACGGCUCAAUGUCCACGGAUCGCGGCUGUUCCCGAGUGAGCACCUUUGAGGGAGUUUGCGAGCUGCUGAAGAUGCAGAACAACAACACAGAGUUGGCCAACUGCAAUCCCUGCAGUAUGAACGCCUGCAACGGAAGUUCGGCGGUCCAGACAUCCCUUCUGGCCACGCUGCUUUUGGCCUUUGUGGCAUUCGCCCUGCAGCGCAACUAAGGGCCAGAAUAUCGUCCAUCACCCGGUGCUUAAAUCUAGUAUUCCUCGUUUCUUUAAGGCGAACACACACUCAUCAGUCCGCGCUCAUUGUUAAGUGAUUCGAAAAUUUAUGUAAUUUUUAAGAUAUACACAAACGCAUACGCACAAAAACCCGAAUAUCGAAAUAUAUACAACUGUAUUUGUAUACAAACUUAAUCUAACCAAAUGUAAAGCUUCAGGCGACUUAAUAAAUAAUAUGUAAUUUUUAAACCAA